CUUCUCGCGAGAACUCGCGUGUCAGCCGCUUCUACUCAGUACCCACUGACAAGAUGGUCGCGAUCGUAGUGGAGCAUGUUGUGGCAGAUGCUGGCGCUUUUCUCAAAAGGGCUCCUCUGCAAGAAAUUGGAAAGAACAUUUAUACCUUGAAGGAUGUUGUUGAUGAAAUUCGGGAUAAACCAACAAAAAGGAGUUUGGCUUUUUUGCCAUACAAGCUCAAUUUCAAAGAACCGUUUCCAGAGCACGUACGAUUUGUUACAGAAUUUGCUAAAAAGACAGGAGACUAUCCCAGUCUUUCAGCAACAGACAUCAAGGUCCUGGCUCUGACUUAUCAACUGGAAACAGAGAAUGUGGGAACUGAGCAUUUGAAGAAAGAACCUGAGAAAAAGGUCCAAAUAUUCAGUACACAAAGACAUCCAGAGACUCCUGUUGGCAUUGCUGGUUUCCAUUUUCCAUCAAAAUCUUCAGGCAAACAAAGUACAGCUGUCCAAAUCCCACCUACAACAAAUGAGCCACAAGACCCUGAUACUUCACAGUUCAACACCUUUCAGUUUUGGAGGAAUCCUCUGCCCAGCAUUGAGACUGACCUUCUGGAACUGCUGGCAGCAGACGCCAUCACAGUCACAGACAAACUAGAGUCUGUUGACCUGUCUGCUGACAGUCAGCUGGCUGAAUCUGAAGAUCAAGAUGGCACUAGUGGAGACCAACACGAGGAAGAAGAAGAAAGCAGCGAUGAGGAGGAGGUUGGUGGAGGUUGGAUUACUCCCAGUAACAUAAAGCAAGUCCAGAUGGAUGCUAGUAACUGGGGACCGACAGCAGAUGUCAGAGUGGGCUGCUUGACCACUGACUUUGCCAUGCAGAAUGUUCUGAUUCAGAUUGGACUGCAUGUGCUGUCUGUUAAUGGCAUGCUUAUUAAAAACACCAGGAGUUACAUUCUGCGCUGUCAUGCCUGCUUCAAGACAACAACAAACAUGAACAAAUCUUUCUGUCCACAUUGUGGGAACGACACCUUGAAGAAGGUUGCUGUCAGCAUUAACAAGGACGGCACCAUGCAGAUGCAUUUUUCCAGGAAUUCAAAAGUGCUCAAUCCAAAGGGGAAGAGAUACUCUUUGCCUUUGCCACAAGGAGGAAAACACGCCAACAACCCACACCUGGUGGACGAUCAGCGUUUCCCCCAGCAGAGAUUGUCUAAAAAGGCUCGUCAGAAGACUGAUGUGUUUGACCCAGACUACCUGGCUGGCAGCUCUCCGUUCUCCGAGCACGAUAUCUACAGCAGGUCAGCCAACUUACAGCUGCGGGACGCUCAGACUGGAGGAGGAAGACAACGAACAAAUCCUAACGCAGCACGCAAAAAAUGUGUUAAGAAGUGAUUAUGUUCUCACCCUACCUGCAGAUUCUGGACUGGAAGCCUGAAACAUUGAAUUCUUGAUUCUUGUGAUUUCUCUUAAUAAAUCGGUUUCAUCUUU